CCAACCAAUCUAUCAAAUGGAUGGUUAUUAAUGAUCCAAAAUUCUAAGGGCGGAAGCAAAUGUUACUAUUCUCUGUCUACGCUCCAUCCACAGCUACAGCGAUUUGGAAAAUCUAUCUACGGCUGAAGAUUCUCCAUCAUUUUUAAAUGGUGGUGAACUAGCAUAAGAGUCUGUCACCAAAAGAUGUCUACAUAAGCUAAAGAAACCAGAAGCUGAGGCCGCGUCUGUGUAUGGUGACGGCUCUCAUCUUCGUUGGAGGAAGGACAGAAAUGGCAACGGCUACGAUGGAGAGGAAGAGAGCAUGUGUAACUGGAGCCACGGGAUAUGUGGGGUCCAUGCUUGUUAAAAGCUUGUUAGAGAAAGGGUACGCCGUCAACGCCACCGUCAGAGACCCAGCAAAUAGCAAAAAGGUGUCCCACCUCUUAAAUCUACAAGUCUUGGGUGUUCUAAAACUUUUCAAGGCAGAUCUCACGGAGGAAGGUAGCUUUGAUGAUGCCAUCAAUGGUUGUGAUUUCGUCUUCCAUGUUGCCACUCCAGUGAACUUUGAGUCUGAAGACCAAGAGAAUGACAUGAUCAAGCCAGCAAUCAAUGGGAUGUUGAACGUUCUGAAAUCAUGUGUUAGAGUGAAGACUGUGAAGCGUGUGGUCUGCACAUCAUCAGUGGCUGCUGUGUCAUCGAACAAUCUCAAUGGGACGGACCAUGUCCUUGAUGAGGAGAGCUGGUCCGACGUCAAGUAUUUGACCUCUGAGAAGCCGUUUAGUUGGGGAUAUGGAGUGUCAAAAACCCUAUCGGAGAAGGAAGCAUGGAAAUUCGCUAAAGAAAACAACCUUGAUAUCAUCACCGUUAUUCCUGUUUGCAUCCUCGGCCCUUCUAUAACUCCUGAGGCUCCAGGAAGCGUCCAGGUGCUUCUAUCCUUACUCACAGGGAACGAAUUCACAGUCAACAUUUUGAAGGGCUAUCAGCUGAUCUCGGAGUCGAUUUCCCUCGUACACGUGGAGGACGUAUGUAGGGCCCACAUCUUUGUAGCGGAGAACGAAUCAGCUUCCGGCCGUUACAUAUGCUGCGCUGUUAACACGUGCUUCCGGGAACUUUCAAAAUUCCUCUCAAAACGAUAUCCACAGUAUAAUGUCAUCACUGAUUUUGGGGAUUUUCCAGCGAAUCUCAAGUCUAUCUUCUCCUCAGAGAAGCUGAUUAAAGCUGGAUUUCGCUACAAGUAUGGGAUGGAAGAGAUGUACGAUGAAUCGGUGCAGUACUUCAGGGCCGUUGGGUUGUUGGCCAAUUGAGAGCUAUCUCUUCUUCCAUGCUCCUGCAAACUACAGUUUGAAAAUUGGUUUAUUCUCUCUUAAGAAAGAGCUUAGUGUGAUGAAAUGCCUGAUUAUCACUUUGUAUUAGUAAGAUGAAUGUGUACAAACGUGUGAGUUUACCAUCAAUUAUCACAACACACUUGCCGCUUUGUAAUAUGGUAGCCAAAUGUGAGCCAUUGAUUAGGUAGGGCCCACAGAUAACACACCCUGAACAGGUAUGAAUUAGGCAGUGUAGAUACAUAUAAAUGAAAUAUGCAUGUUAGUGCAUAUAAAUUAAUUAGGUAUACCUUUAGCACCAU